AUGGCGGGCGUAGCCACCGCGUAUUCCACAGAUGCCCUGACCUCGCCGGGAGGCGUGGACAGUGAGAAGUGGGAAUUUGCAGUGCCGAUCGGUAGCGAUGGCAUUCAGCAUCCCUCGAGACCACGAAACUCCCACGAUUCAAGCUCAGUCCGAGCACGAUCGACCCUGAACCGCAACUCAGAUGGCUCGCGCAGCUCGUCGGUCUCGCGAAACGUGCAAUCGCACGAUGGUCCGUAUCUGAACUCCAGCCGCGGCCGACCGGACCAUAGCCUCAACCGACAAGGGAGCGACCUCGGCGGCGUGCGCGACAGCCCCGGGCAGGAUCCAUCGAUCCGCAGAGAGCCCGGAGAAGGUCAGGACGGACAGGACUCGUCCGAGCCCGGAGAGAAGUAUAGCGAGAAAUGGAUCCACCGAGACAAGCUGGCGAAAAUCGAGAGUGAGGAGCUGCACCAGGCGGCCAUUCGCUUUAACCGACGGAUGAGAGCGGAGAGCAAGUCGAGCGCUGGGCGUGGGAGGAGCCACGAUUCCCAUCAGAGUGCUGCCAAUGGCUCGGCCUCGGCAACCUCACCCAAUGUCGAGCACUCCGAACCCUGGCCUGAGCUGCGAGAGGCAGCCCGGAAGGAAUUUGGCAGAGACGAUGCCGACGAUGAGCGGAAACAUUGGGAUCUCCGUCGACCGGAGGAGAUUGCCGCCGAUGAAGCUGCGGCGAGCCUCUACAGCAACCCCGGCCUCCGAAAGAGCUCUUCCCGAAUACCCAUUUGCACCGCCAGCCCCGUGCCUAUUAUGACCGGUCGCGAUUCUCGCGGCCUCCGAAGCCGUGCGGCGACCGAUGAACGUGACGACGACGAAUUCUCCCGAGGCCGCAGAGCCAGCGAGACCGACACAGGCGAACCGGAGGCUUCUCCUCCCUCCCCGGAAAGCCGCCCAGGAAGCCGCGGGUUCAGCACGACUCCGAAUACCCCGGCUAAGAAGAACCCAGCCAAGGGGACGGGUUCGGCCACCCGGAAGACCUCUGCUCCCCCUACAAACAGAAAGACUUCCACCGCGCGGUCGCGUGCUGUCUCUGGAAACACUUCGCAGCGUCCUGUGACCCGCAGUGGUGAACCCCGACCCACGACUGCAGCCAACCGGCCGGAGGGCGACCCGCCAUGGCUGGCGACCAUGUACAAGCCCGAUCCUCGCCUGCCACCGGACCAGCAGAUGCUUCCUACUCUCGCCAGAAAGAUGCAACAGGAACAGUGGGAGAAAGAGGGUCGCAGCCCCACCACCUAUGACCGCAACUUUGCUCCUCUUGCUGUCCACCCGAAUGACCUGCCUCCGGUUCCACCCAAGGCACAGGCGUCUGAGGAGGAAGAAAAGGUGGAAGAGCUACCGAAGCCGCCCAAGAGCCCGGAACCGCCACGACCGAACACGAGCACCGGCUACAGCACCAUGCCGAAGGUGCAGGACACCCCCCAAUGGGCCUGA